AUGGCUCUUCGACCAGAGAAGAUAGAUGUCCACAGCCAUUUUUUACCAUCAUUCUAUCGUGAAGCAUGUCGGGCUAACGGCCACGGCGCUCCCGAUGGAUAUCCUAUCUUACCGGAAUGGAGUUUGGGGGCGCACUUGCAGAUGGCCGACAAACUGAACAUCACCAAAUGCUAUUUAUCCGUCUCUUCGCCAGGAGUUCAUCUCGUGCCAAACGAUGACGAGCUUGCGCGGAACAUUUGCCGUCAGUGCAACACGGUGGCUGCUGAUGCGAAGGCGCAUUUCCCGGACCGGUUUGGGUUCUGGGCCGCACUUCCACUGCCUGAUGUGGAGGGAGCCCUCGAUGAACUUGCCCAUGCUUUUGAUGUUCUCAACGCCGACGGAGUCGCGGUCUAUACCAAUACUCAUGGAUACUAUUUGGGCCACAGCGCGUAUGAGCCUAUCUGGGCCGAGCUAAAUCGUCGACAUGCAAUUAUUUUCGUGCACCCAACCACUCCCUGUUGCCUGGAACAAGGAUGUGGAAACGAGACUAGUUGCCGCAACGCUUCACCUCUUCCAGAAUUUCCACGCCCCAUCUUCGAGUUCUUUUUCGAUACCGCCAGAGCUGUGGUAAAUUUAUUCUACUCCGGGACGAUCGCUCGUUAUCCUAAUAUUAUUUAUAUAAUUCCUCAUGCGGGGGGUUGUCUACCGCCUUUGAUAGAAAGAUUCUCAUCUUUUGGACGAGGUAUUCCGAGCCUUCCGGUUGACGAGUCGGUCACUCCAGCCUUUGUGAAGGAGAAACUGGGGAAAAACUUCUACUUCGACAUGGCAGGAACUGCAUGGCCUGAUCAAUUACCAGCUUUACUUGCAUUUGUCGACAAGGAGCACAUCCUCUAUGGCAGCGAUUACCCUUUCACCCCGGUACAGUUCGUGGAACUACUUGCUAACACGAUGGAAGAGCAUAUGCCUCGGGUAAUGAUGACUGAGGACGAGCGUAAGAUGGCUUACAAAGGGAAUGCUGAAAGACUAUUUCGGAAGCAAAUGGUGGCUUCAAAAGCAGAAGCCUCUUCCAACACUUUGAGCAAAGACUUGUCGCUGUGA